UGGAUUGGCCUUUCCUGGUGCUUGGCCCGCAGUUGAUAAAUACUGUCUCUGCCCCCCCCCACCCGAUUUUUUCCCGAGCCCUCUUCCAUUCAGGGGUGUUGUGUGUUGGAACAAUUUGUAUAGUGGGUGCUGAGAGCCACUGAACCAUUGAUGGAAACCACUUCAGGCCAGGGGAUGCAGCAGCACCCCUGGUUCCAGCACCUAUGCUUCUACUGCCGAAUGUGACAAGGGAAACUGGAUUUUUUCCAUUUCCAUUGCAUACUGCAGAAAGAGGGUUCGAUAUGGAAUUCACAGGUUUACAUUCAGUCUUUCCACAAGGCAAGCAGCCCAGUCUCUUCGAUUCACCUGCUGAGUGGUAUCUGAAGGCCAGACGGAGUGUUCAGAAGUUCACGGUCAAUCAGCUCGGGUUGUCUAUAUUUUCAAAUGAAAAAUCAAACAAGUAUGUUGCACGCUGCUAUAACUUCUUCCUCUUCCCCACAACAUUUGGAGUCAUGGACUCUGAAUUCUCUUUCCAGGCAUCUAGCAUUCAGUUCCUGACGCAUUACGGUUUUGACUAUAAUAAGAUGUGGUCCAGCAUACUCAGUUGCACAGAAGACGUAAGACCCUGUGUAGGAGUGGGAAGCUUGGGUACGCAGAUAAGAAAAUGGUUUCUGAAAGAUGGAAUCCCAUAUAUGAAUCAGGUUCAGGAGAAGAAACUUCAGCAAGGGCUCUUAGCUGGAAACUGGAAAGUUCGCAGCACUUUGGACAAGGAUAAAGUGAAAAAGGUGAUUGAUGAUGUGACAUGCUGGGUGCCAUCAGCAGAAGAGGGAGACUCUAUGGUUCUACAUAAUAUUAGUGGUUUUCAGCUAUUUGAGAUACAGCUGAUUCUGAGACAGGCAAUUCCAGAUGUUUGGACAGAGCCUUUUGGAGAUCAGAAGGUGAUGGUGAAAAAGGUGAGUCCACGGCAUCGCUGGUGUCUGGAGAACUCUUCUUACGACUGCUGCCGAAAGGAGCUCAUUCUUCUCUCUGCCCGGGGUUUCACCAACCUCUUCCAGACCCUUGUUGAAGCCAAGAAGCCAGUGGUGGGACACAACAUGCUCAUGGACCUUCUGCAUCUUCAUGACAAGUUUUACAAGCCCCUCCCAGAAAGCUAUGAGGAGUUUAAAAGGAACAUUCACAGCCUGUUUCCUGUCCUCAUAGACACCAAGAAUGUAACAAAAUCCAUCUGGAAGGAAUUUCAGUUUCCACGAGCAUCUAACCUCCUAGAAAUUUAUGAAAUCCUGUGCAGUGACCUAAAUCCCACCAACCCCACAUGUCCGGUGAUUGCCCAUGCAAGUGACUGUUCAAAAUAUGCUGACAAGAAAUCUCCCCAUGAGGCGGCCUAUGAUGCAUUUCUUUGUGGAUCAGUUCUUUUGAAAUUAGCCCACUUGCUCCUAGGCAGUGACACGCUGGAGAAUGGUCCCUCUUUCUCUCAAUAUCUCAGUGCAUUAACCAAGUACCUGAACCAAGUGAAUCUGAUCCGAGCUGGCGUUUCAAAAAUCAAUUUCUCUGGCACAGAUGUCCCUAGCCAGCGUCCACCUCUUCUGAUUGCCAGUGUUCGGGGGUGGCCUGGGGUGGAUGAAGAACAGAUCUAUCAAAUAUUAAAAGCUCUGUGCAAGUUUGAUGUCAGACGACUGACCGAAAACCAAUUUCUGUUGCUCUCCAAUAAGUUUAAGGAUGUCAGGGUUGUUCUGCGAGAUUAUAAAGCUCACCCCAAUCUGCGGAUUUCACUCUAUCACCACUGGAGACACUCACCACAAGUGAACUGCUUGCUACAAAUUUGUGGGAUUGUGGCAUCAUGGUCUCUUUUGGCCUUCGUGUUUGGAGGAUCUCAAUGGUAUGCCAUGUAAAAGAUUAUCUUCUGGAAAAAUCUCAAGGACAUCUUUCCUAUCUUUGUGCUCUACACCAGGAUGCCUGUUGUGUUUUUUUUUCCUUACAUUGCUAAUAUAGUGAUGGUCAGUAAAAGGCAUUUAACAAUGUUUUUUUGUUUGCCUUCAAUCACAAAAAAAAUCUGUGUUUAAGGAGACUGUUAGGUUUUAGGAAUCAAAUCUGAAGGGGAAAAUCCUCUUUUUUUUUUUUUUUAAAUAUAUUUAUUAAAGAAGUACUACCUCUUCUUCAGGUGCAAGCGGAACAGAGAAUCCACUGUUUUGAUGGGACUUUUAUCUUGUUCCCCGUUUAUUCUUCAACAACAUUAAUAAACCAGUUCUAUUCCAA